AUGGAAGAAAAUAAAGAUUUAUUUGAGGAAUGGGAAAAAGAAUACUAAAAGCUAAAAAAAAGGUAAAAAUAAAAGAAUAAAAUUCAAGACAAUUAGUUAGAAGCAGAUGUUAUAAUAAAACCAUUGAGAAAGAGAGCUGCUAAAGCUGAUAACAAAGAUUAGUAAGAUAAGGAAUGUAGAGCUGUCUAACAAAUUAAUACAUAAAAUUAAACUAUAGAUUAUAUCCUGACUGGCACAUAGGUUGAACAAGUAGCAAUAGAUCAAAAGGAUAUUAAGUUUGAGCCAAAUAAAAGUAAGCCUCGAAAAAAUUUUGAAGUGGGAAAAAAUGUUGUAAAAAUUGAAGAUGGAAUGAUCAAGUAUGAAUACACAAAUUCCUUUAAUAUUCGAGUUAAUAAUUACAUGAAGAAAUCUCACUUGAGCAAGGAUAUGGAAAAAUAUAUUCAUUAAUAGUAAAUUGAAGAGCAAAAUUAGUAGAUAGAAAAAUACAAAAGGUUGAGAAAAGAUGGUCCAUUCAUUAAAGAUGAAGAAGUUUUACUGUUUUGUGGGAAUACACAAACUCAAAAUGUACGAAUUAAAAAUGAAGGAGAUACUUAGAUAAUUGUUGAAGCUGAGGAUGAUUGCCAAAUUUCUAAAAUAGAUUAUUCAAAAAGGCUACCAGAUUUUACUAAAAUACCUCACGAAGUAAUUAAGGAAGAGUUAUAGAAAAAUGGAUAUAGAACCAGUAAAUUUAAAAAGAGUGAUUUCACAAGAUUUAUGAUUGAGACUUGGCAAUAUAAAAAACAAGGAGUGAUUCCUAAAAAUUACUCUGAGGACAAUUGA